GCCGGGGGCUGGAGCCUGGGAGUUACUAGAGACCCGGUCCGCGGCGCAGGUCCCCUUCGCCCGCUUCUUACCUCGCCAUGGGUCUCCCUCGGCAGUGUCUCCUCGUGGGCUUCUUGUUGACCGCCGUCCACCCAGAACCACUCAAUGUAUGCAGAGAAAACCAAUACCUAAUAAACAGUCGGUGCUGUAAUAUGUGCCAGCCAGGAGAGAAAGUGGUUGAGGACUGCACGGACACCACAGAAACGACGUGCCACCCUUGUGGACCAGGCGAAUUCCUGGAGACCUCGAACGACGAGAAAUACUGUCAUCAGCACAGAUACUGUGACCCCAACCUAGGACUCCAGAUCCAGACGGAGGGCACCAGGAAAACCAACACGAUUUGCAGGUGUAAUGAAGGCCAGCACUGUGUCAAUGACAACUGCGACGGCUGCGCCCCGCACAGCUCCUGCCCCCCUGGCUUUGGGGUCAAGCAGAUCGCUACACAAGUUUCUGAUACUGUCUGCGAACCCUGCCCAGUCGGUUUCUUCUCCAAUGUGUCAUCUGCUUUUGAGAAAUGUCAUCCUUGGGCAAGCUGUGAGAUCCAAGGCCUGGUGGUGCGGCGCGCAGGGACUAACAAGACCGAUGUCCUCUGCGAUUCCCAGGACCGGAUGAGAGCCCUGCUGGUGGUCCCCGUCCUCAUGGCGGUCCUGCUCACCAUCCUGCUGGUGUGCGCCUGCAUCAGUGAGUCCCCAGAAAGGGUGGCUGAGGAGGCAAACCCCAAGGUCUUCCAUCCUAAGAACAAAGGGCAAGACCCCGUGGAGAUGGAUGAAUUAACUGGCCCCUUCCCCAACCAUCCGGUGCAGGAGACCUUGCACGGGUGCCAGCCGGUCACGCAGGAGGAUGGCAAAGAGAGCCGCAUCUCGGUGCAGGAGAGACUGUGAGGCUGUGUGUGCGCAGGAGCAUGGCAGCCUGGACAAACACGCACAUGGCCGCAGAGCCUGGAGCCGCAGCCAAGACGGCGAGAGGGCCUGAGGCCGGCGCUCCGCACAGCCCGCCUCCGCCUGCACUGCCGUGGCUCAGAAACACUCACCUCAGUCGGGAGAGGAGCCUCCCACUCCAGCCUGGAGCCUGUUCCAUCUCCCAGCUUGCUUGUAAAGACGGAGACAUGACUUUUUUGGGGGUAGGGGGGCAGCCAAAUAGUGAUAUCAUCCAACCCUCCAAGCCAGCAGUCCAGUGCCCGUGGUGGUUUCUCCGAGCCCGAGGGACAUCUACACGCAUGUCAUCACAGUGCUGGUUGUGACAGCGAACCAACGGAAGCCACUUAGCUGUCCAUCAACAGGGGGCUGGUUAAAUAAAACUGUAAUGUAUUUAUGCGACAGGAGCUCAAAAACACUGUCAUGGGG